AUGGACAAGGUCAAAGUGAAGCACGGCCGACGUCUCUCGGCGAAGGCCGAUGCAGCGAAUCAGGAAGCGACCAACGCGGCAAACGAACGCCCUACCUCAGGAACGGCAAAGAAACGAACACGCGGCGAUGCGGCGACCGAGGUGGAGCAGGCCACGAAACGCGUGAAGGUCGAAGCCGAGGAGAGCGCGGACGCGAACGUGGCGGCGAAGGACGAGCGGGCGUUCGAGCAGCCCGCCCUGAUCACGGGCGCUACGCUGAGGGACUAUCAGCUUGAAGGCGUCGCGUGGAUGGCGGGUCUCUAUCAGAGUGGCAUCUCGGGUAUUCUCGCGGACGAGAUGGGGCUCGGUAAGACAUUGCAGACCAUCGCCUUCCAUGCAUUCCUACGCGAGCGCUCGACAGCGCCGUUUCUCGUAGUCUGCCCGCUUAGCGUUCUCAGCAAUUGGGUAGAAGAAUUUAGGCGUUUCGCCCCUACGAUUCCUGUGGUCAUGUACCAUGGUAGUCCAGAGGAGCGCGCUGAGCUGAGGCGCACCGCCAUGGUAUUCUCGGAGGAGGACAUGAAGUAUCAGAACAAGAUGUUCGGCAGGGCCCAGGCGAGCCCUCCACCCGCUGCCGCUCCGGACCCGAAGGCUGCGAGUACCAAGUCAAGGGCAAGCUCGCGUGGGAGCGCGGGGAGCAAGAAGAAAAGCCAGAAACAGAGCGUUAAAGCAAGGACGAAGAAGGGUCAAGCCCCGUGGAAGAGUAGCCGGCUGUCUGGCAGACAUCAGGAGGUCACCGAGUUCGACUCUGAGGACGAGGACGAGGAAGACUUGAGCACCGCUCGGAAAACCCGUAGGAGAACACCGCAGGUGAAGGCAGAGCAGGACGAGGAGAAUACUCCUUCCGAGCCGACUGAGCAUAAGCUGCCUCCACAUCAGCGCACGAACUUCCCGGUGGUAGUUACGACAUAUGAGAUGAUUAUUAGGGACCGCGCACAGCUCGCGGAGUACUACUGGGGCUUCAUCGUUGUCGAUGAGGGCCACAGACUCAAGAAUAUGGACUGCAAGCUGAUGCAUGAGAUCAAGAAGCUCAAUGCUGCGGCAAGGAUGGUGUUAACGGGCACACCGUUGCAUAACAACCUCAGCGAACUAUGGGCUCUCCUGAACUUCGUUCUGCCAGACUUGUUUUCAGAUUUGGAAGCAUUUGAGGAAUGGUUUAACCUCCCGAUGUUGCAGGCCACGCUAUCGGCUUCCCGCUCUUCACAACUCAUCCACUCCCUUCAUGCUCUCCUCCGACCGUUCCUUUUGCGGCGGCUCAAAGCGGAUGUCGAAGCGAACCUCCCGCCAAAAAAGGAGUACGUACUCUAUGCCCCGCUGAGUGAGCGCCAGCGCGAAGUGUACGAUGCCAUUGUCAAGGGAGGCCUACGUGCGCUUCUGGUUAAAGAAGCCAGCCAACGCAAGGAGCGCAAAGGCAAGGUGGCUUCGCUCAAGACGCCCGAAACUGAUGAGGAAGAGGAAGUCCCCCUUUACAUUCAGAACAAAAAGAAGAGACAUCCGCAGACUCGGCAGAGUAAACGGAGGAAUUACGACGUUGACGGAGAUGACGACGAGUACUUCACGAAGCUUCAAUCCGGAGCGCUCGAUGGAACCAAGCAGAAAGAACGAGUGCAGAGUGCAGACGAGAUUGGGCGAGAGUGGCAGCGUAAAAUUACCCUUAAAAAGGUGAACAAUAUGAAGCUCCAGAACACUGUCAUGCAGCUGCGCAAAAUUUGCUCGCAUCCUUUCCUGUUCGACUGGCCGAUAGAUCCCGAUACGCAGCAGCCGGCGCUGAACGAGGAGCUCGUGAGCACCAGUGGCAAGAUGAUGAUCCUUGAGCGCCUGCUUGAAGAAUUAUUCAGGCGGAAGCACAAGGUGUUGCUAUUUAGUCAGUUCACAACGAUGUUGGACAUUAUUGAGGAUUGGGCCAUCGAGUUCAAGGGCUGGAAUAUCUGUCGAAUUGAUGGGUCCACGUCAAUGGUCGAGCGCCGUGACGAAGUUAGCAGAUUCCAGAAUGGCGGCGAUGCACCGGACGCCCCGCAAUUGUUCUUGUUGAGUACGCGUGCAGGAGGACUCGGCCUGAAUCUCGUCGCAGCGGACACGGUCAUUUUCUAUGAUCAGGAUUGGAAUCCCCAGAUGGAUUUACAAGCCCAAGACCGUGCACAUCGUAUAGGGCAGACCAAGCCUGUCCUCAUCUUCCGUCUUGUCAGCGCGCAUACAAUCGAGACGAAGAUAAUGCAGCGCGCCACUGAGAAGCGCAAGCUGGAGGCAUUGGUCAUUGCAAAAGGUCAGUUCAAGACGCCAUCCCUGGCAGCCAGCCGGAGUAGACCUGAGAGGAUAGCGGAGAUGGCUGCUGCGCUGCUGGAGCUCGAGGGCGAGCAGAUCCGCGUUGUACCCGACAACGCGGCGGGCAAGGCGAGCGUCAUCAGCGAUCGGGAACUAGACAUGCUACUUGAUCGCAGUCCGGAGGUUUUCUCGGGCCGUGGCAAAGGCUGGACGUCCGCAGAGAAGGUGGAUGCUGAUGGUGCGAAGGCCGGAACUGCUGAGAAGGCGGCGUUCGCUGUGUACGAGGCUCCUGUUGAUGAGACUGGUGAUGUCCUCGCUGGUAUGCUCGAUGGCCGGGAGGAGGAAGAGGAGGAAGGAGAGGAGUGA